CACGCGACACAUAUGGUAUAGCAAGGGUUGCGCUUGUAAACUUUACAGCUUGGACGUGGGGUAUUUUUUAGCUGCACCUGCACGUUGGGAGAGGAUUCAACGUGACUGCCACGUGAUUUUUGCCGUCACUUGACUUGUAUUCUGUUACGAAUGUUUUCCCCCUCUCAGGUGACGUCAUUCCUGGCAGGAAGUUUUUGUGCGUUAAAAGAUGCGCGCAAACAAAAGUAGGGCAGCCCCGGCGGAGUGCGCCAUCUCAGUGAAUACGUCCGAGUGAGGACGCGGACCAUUAAAUCAGGAUCACUUGAGACUGCAUGCGCUACACACCCAACAUGCUUUCCUGGACGAUCAAGAGUGGGAAGGGUGCCCUGCUAUCGGCACUUUUUCUCCUCAUGUGUGGCAGUGGUGGCUCCACUACCGAAUCCGGAAGUCUGUUGGGUAGCAGUGGAAGUGAUACUGGCAGCGCCAACAACAGCAAAAUAUCCGUAGAGGUCGUACUUGGUGCAGGUGGAAUUCCCGGCAACGGAGGGACCUCAGGUAUCCCCGGCAUCGGAGGCAGUGUACCAGGACUCGGAAGUAUUGGAAGUGGUGGAGCAGGAAGCGUCCCAGGAAGUGGAGGCAGCGCCUCGGGAUCAGGAAUUCCUUCCGGUGGCGCCGGAAGCGUGCAGGGACUCGGUAGUGUACCAGGACUAGGAAGUAUUGGAAGUGGUGGAGCAGGACCAGGAGCGAUCCAACCGGGCGUCGGAUCUGGCGGUCCCGGAAGUCCAACCGGCGGCCUGCCAGGUGGCGGAGCAGGCGGAGGUGUUCCAGGUGUUGGAAUUCCGUCGGGAUCCGGAACAGGAGUGGGCAGCGAUGGAAGCGGAACCACAGAUGCCCACCAGGUCAAAGUCGUCCUGACAGUUAAGGGUGAUGACAGUAACAGUGGAGUAAGCGGGUGAAUGGAGCUUGACGUGAGUGUGGCAUGGUCUUAAAUGCGUUUGAGUAGAGGAUAUAGAUUGUUUGGAGGGAGUCGAAGGCCUUGACAGACACCAUGUUGAAAAGAUGCUGGCGUUCUUGUAGUCUUUUGUCACAUUGGGCGAAUAAAAAUGAAUAUUU